AUGUACGGCGCCAAGGAGCAGCGCGCGUCGACGGACACGGCGAGCCUGCGGUCCAUGGCGCGCUUGUCCGCCUACGCCAAGGUCGCCGACGGCGCCGAGCGGCCGCCGAGCGUCGUCGCCGCGGGCGUGCUCAUCUCGGACAGCGUCAGCGGCGUCGAGCGGCUGCAGCCCCUCGUCGAGGCGUCGUCGCAGCGGGCCUUCCGGCUCCAGCUCCUGCUCGAGGGGCCCGCGCAGGGCGCCGCCGUCGGCCUCCUGCUGCUCACGUUCUGGGAGAUCCCGCGGUGGUGCCGCGCCGACGGCCGCUGCGAGUGCGUCUGGGACGUCGACGAGCCGUCGCGCUGCCCCUACCCGACCUUCGACAUCGCCUACGUCGACGAGUACGUCGCCGUCGCCGCGCAGGUCGCGUGCGCGGGCGUCGUCGCCGCGCACCUCGCGUGCAACGCCGUCGCCGUCGGCCGCGCGCGCUUCUUCGGCCCGGGCGGCAUGGGCUGGGUCGCCGCCGCCGCGCUCCUCCUCGUGGUCGACAUUGUUCGCGCGUGGCUCGUCGUCCUCGGCGCCCAGGGCCUCGAGUUCACGACGUGGCGCGUCGCGCCGCACCUGCGGCUCCUGCUCUUCGUCGGCUACAGCGGCGAGACGCGGUCGCAGCUGCGCCUCAUCUUCCGGAUCCUGCCGGCCUACCUCCGCGUCGGCGCGCUCGUGUCGCUGCUCCUCGUCUUCUUCGGCUGGUUCGGCGUCGUGCUCUUCCCGCCCCGGUCGUCGGCGCAGGGCGAGGCCUACUUCACGAACCUGUGGCAGACGUGCUGGCAGCUCUUCAUCUGCAUCACGACGGCGAACUUCCCGGACGUCAUGAUCCCCGCCUACAGCCACGCGCGCCUCCCCGCGGCGGUCUACUUCGGCGGCUUCCUCGUGCUGGGCUUCUUCUUCAUGAUGAACCUGCUGCUCGCGACGGUCUACAACGCGUACACGGACGAGCGCGAGUCCGCGAGCCGGCGCCGCGCGCGGAGCCGCGCGGCGAACAUCACCGCGGCCUUCGAGCUGCUCGCCGCGGGCGAGACCCGCGAGGUGUCGCGGGGGGCGCUCGACGACCUCUUCGCCGAGCUGAACGCGCACCGCGACGUCGUCUACAUCUCGGAGGACGCGGCGGCGCGCCUCUUCGCGGACCUGGACACGUCGGGCGACGGCCUGCUGCACCGCGACGAGUUCGAGCGCGUCGUCGACGUGCUCCAGGAGGAGGCGGACCGGAAGAGGGCGGGCCUGUCGGACGACGAGCUGCCGUCGGCGCCGUGGCGCGCGCGCGCGCGGCGCCUCGUCGAGGCGGCGAGCUUCGAGCUCGGCGUCGACGCGCUCCUCCUGCUCAACGCCGCGCUCAUCGCGUACCAGACCAAGGACGAAUUGUUGGGGACGGCCGCGUCGGACGCGUCGGACGUCCGGGGCGACCUCGAGGCGCUCGAGUCGGGCUUCGCGGUCCUCUACGUGGCCGAGGCGUCGCUCAAGGUCGCGGGCCUCGGCCUCACGCAGUACGCGGCCAACUACCGGAACCGCUUCGACGGCCUCGUCACGCUCGCGUCGCUCGCCGCGGCCGCGUACGUCGCGUACCCGAACUCGUACGACAACCCCGCGCUCGUGCGCUACGUCGUCAUGCUCCGGCUCCUGCGCCUCGUCCGCCUCAUCGUGGCCCUGCCCGAGUUCCAGGUCAUCGGCAUCUCGUUCCUGAACAUGCUCCCCGCGGCGUCGCGGCUCGUCAAGGUCCUGUUCUGCGUCACGUUCUUCUUCGCGACGGUGGGCGCGGCGCUCUUCCAGGGCCUCAUCAACGCGGACCCGGGCGCGCCCCAGCUGGCGCAGCUCGAGGGCACGGACUUUUACGCCCAGGGCUACCUGCCGCUGAACUUCAACGACUACGAGUCGGGCUUCGUGGCGCUCUUCUGCGUCCUCGUCGUCAACAACUGGUUCGUGCUCGUCGAGGGCUUCGUCGCCGUGUCCGACGAGUGGACGGGGCGGGCCUUCUUCCUCGCCUUCUACCUCGUCGGCGUGCUCGUCCUGCUGAACGUCGUCGUCGCGUUCAUCCUCGACGCGUUCAUCUCCGAGCUCGACAAGACGCGGAGCCUCCGCCGCGCGGCGUCCCGCUAA